CUCUCCUCUCCUCUGCCCCGUCCAUCCCGAUCUCAGGCUCUCUUCCCGGCCGAUAUGCAAUUCAUUUUCUCUGCCGCGUCCAUUCCGUGCAUUCUCGGAAGCGUAACUCGUCGCCACGCACCAGCGAUGCCCAAUCUUGAUCCCCGCGCGAUGGGCGGUGCAGAACGAGACGGGGCGGGACCUAGGCAACGGCCUCCUGCGCCGUGAAACGUUCUGGAUCCGUUUACGCCUCUCUCGGCUCCGCCAAAGCUGUAACUCCCACGCGAGUUUCAGUGCAUACACUGUCGAGAGCUGAGGUGAAUCACACCGCGUCGGGCCGAGCACAGCUGAGUAGGGAUGACUCGGCAGGAGGAUUCCAUGAUCGGCAGGCGUAUCGGGGCGCAGUCUCCGUUUCAACAGCAGGACCGCAAGGACUAUAAGAGGCUGGUCCCGAAUCUUGACCGGUAUUGAAACCCAACCUCUUCCACUACCCCAGAAGCAUGACAAUGUUCACAACUCGUACCCUCAUCUUCCUUGCAAUGGCAUUCUCUGCAUCCACAGCGGUGAUUGCAGCCCCAGUCACAAGUCUUCCCCCCUCAGCCGGCUCCAUGCCCUCCUCCAUCAGCCAAGCACCACCAGCGUCAACAUCGCAGGCAGCUCAUAAGUUCGCCCCCGCAUUCUGGGGACGAAUUGCAGAGCCCAAGAGAGCGGACUACACCCGAUAGACUCGUUCCCAGUCCAAUACAUCCACCACACACAUACCCCUAUCUAAAUUCGUAUACCCCCACACGUCUGGGUUCCAGCGUAUUUAUUGCCCCGUUCUAAUCCGUAAAUAAACAUUGCAGUAAGUAGAGUACAGUACGUCCGCACAGUCCGCACACUCCAGUGGGAUUGUAGAUUGUCAUAAAUUCGUCUAGUUUAGUACCUGUGAUAAGCGUGUCCCUCGGCUCAAUUCUCAAACCACAAUAUCCAGUGUACCUUCCAAAAGAGCUGGAUGCAGGCAUAUGUUCUCGCGGCAGACAGGCUGCUGAUCUUAAAGGCUUGGAUCCAACGCUAUACAAA